AGCUACAGUGGCACAUACAUAUAUUCAUAUUUCCGAACAGAAUUUAAAGAUAUGUAUUCUGAAAAUACAACACAAGAACAUUUUGUAGACAUCGAAAAUAAAGAAAUCAAAUAAAUACCCAAUGAUUUGUAGAAAGUAAUCAGUGUUAACUAUAUCGUGUUUAGUGAACAACGUGAAUAACUAGAGAAGCAAUUGAUCCAGUAUUAUUAAUAUGAAAUCUGUAUUUGUUUGUGCCUUAGUGUUGGCAUUAGCCCAUCAUGCUUUUGCCGGUGUCUGUGACAGCGAUGUAGUCUACAAUUCAACUCUUAUAACCCCAUGCCUUGGCAAUGAUGUUAUAGUUUUAUGGCCAAAUUAUUCAGAUUUUGGAACUUAUUACAAAUGUGUGGAAUUUGGCAAACCUCAGCUAAUGAAAUGCCCAGCUAAUACAUACUUCACCUAUUACUUCCAACAAUGUACAGAUUGUGCGAACUUUAUUCCAGCUCCUUCAUGCGAAUAUUUAGCACAAACCACCGAUGUUAAAUGUGUACAGGUUCCAACACCAACCACUGCUGCUCCUGCAACUACCAAACCCACGACUCCCAAACCUACUAAACCUACGACUCCCAAACCUACAACUCCCGAAGAUACAACUCCCGAAGAUACAAAUCCCGAAGAUACAACUCCCAAACCCACAACUCCUACACCUACAACUCAAAAAUCCACAACUCCUAAACCUGCCAAGCCAACAACUCAAAGUCCAGGCCUUCCAACACCUCCAGUCUCUACCGGACCCUCAACACCAUCUGACGUACCUCUCCCACCUAUUGCACCAACACCAAACACUAGUUUCCCUACACCACCCAGUGUGCCACCAACACCACCAUCACUCGGCACACCUCCACCAAUAGCACAACCAAAAGAAAAAUAGAAAUUAUUAAUUUGCUUCAAUAUUGGAAUUAUAGUCUUCCCUUAAGAUUCAAUGAAUAAAUAAACGCAUACAAUUGCUCUAAAUAACAUAAA